CAGACUAUUUUGUUGUUCCAUCCUCAGUUUGGUAACAUUGAUAUCAAUGGGGGAAAGAUGGCUGCACCGUGAUAAAAGUCUAUAGAGGCGGUUUGAAUCCUUAGCAGCGGGUACUGUAACGAUUAAAAGAGUGAUUUGUCCGUGGAAUUUUUUCACAGAACUCUUGAAAGUAAUGAGUAUACAGUGUUAAAUACACAUUGGUGUAAGGCUAAAAAGCAAGUUAUACAUUUUGAUUAUUAAAACUGAAUGUCUAAUUAGAACUACAAUUUUGACUACAAAAACCACUAUUAUAAUAUGAUCAGUUAUGAUUUAGUUGGUAAGAAAUCUGUUCAAAAUCGGUCAUGGGUUCAAGUCCCACCGAGUAACAUGCCUGUGAUUUGUUGUCAAAGAACUCGGUAGUAUUGAGUAUACAGUGGUUACACACAUUGGUGUAAGGGUUAAACCCCAAUAAUAUUCUUUAUCCUCUUAAAUAUAUUCCUUUCUAGCUAAAAACUAAUGCUGCAAUUUAACAUGAAUUCAUAUCUGCAAGGGUUCCAGAGAAAAGCACUGCUAGUUAUAAGAGGAAUGGAGCUUCCAAUCUCUGUCAGGACAAACUGACAAUACAUUGACUGAUAAGCACAAUAUUGACAGGAUAAGCACUGACCACAAAUGGAUUUCGCAACCCACCCUCACCAGGACAGCAGCAAUGCUUUUAGGAGUGUACAACACUUCAAGAUUUAAGAUUCAAUAAGUGAAUUAAUGUUUUUGUUUUACAUUACUACAGAAGUGGCAACCGACUGGUCGCCAGCUAAUUGGCUGCUUCUCUGCAGCUUCUAAUGUGACUGGUAUUCUGACAGAUGACGUUAAAGUGACAGUGAUGCUUCACCGGUACUCUGCGUUGACAUUCUGGGACUAUGCUACUGCAGGACCAUAUGUUGACAUCAAUAUGAAUCCAGUAAUCUCAGGGACGAGUCAGCAGUCCUCUGCGUACAAGGAUGCCAUUUUUCUAUCUCCUCAUAAGUUUGUCGGUGGAGUAGAAACACCAGGCGUUCUGGUUGCCAAGAAAUCUCUCUUCAAGAACCCAGUGCCAAGCGGUGGAGGGGGAGGAUCAGUCUUUUUCGUAAGUUUUGUUUUCUUCUCUCCCAUUCAAAUAAAAUAUUACGACAAAUUGUUGAUUAUCUGCACCUUGGUUCUUACUUCUUGCGAAUGCGAAGUGAAUUUUGAAGUCACAUGGCUGUUUUUCGCAGGAGUUGAACACAGUUCAACAACACAGUUGAACUGUUGCAAUUUCACAUGCGACAAAAAUUAUACAGCAAUGUCUACUUUAAGCAUGUUUGAUUGUACAACUUUGAUUUGAACUUGGUAAACAUAUCCUU